AUGUCCUAUCAACAGCAGCAGUGCAAGCAGCCCUGCCAGCCACCUCCCCCAUGUGCUCCCCCAAAGUGCCCUGAGCCAUGCCCACCCCCAAAGUGCCCGGAGCCAUGCCCACCCCCAAAAUGCCCUGAGCCAUGCCCACCUCAGCUGUGUCAGCAAAAAUGCCCUCCUGUGCAGCCUCCUCCACCAUGCCAGCAGAAAUGCCCACCAAAGGGAAACUAA